AAAUCUCUCAAAUUCGCGCUCGCGACGAAAGCUUUAACUUUUUUAUCGACCCGUUUAUCGCCACCCCCGCUCGAACUUAACAAAAAAGUCAGAGUAGAGUCGCGUCACCGUUUCCGGAAUCGAGGAAUUAACCGCGAGGGAUUUUCCUUUCGAUCGGGCCGCGGUCUCGCUAUCGGCUGUUUACGUCUCGUUUCGUCUGUCCUCGAUGUCGAUAUUGGUCGUCGAAACCCGUAGUGCUCGGCGGCGUGUCGUGUCGUUCGCACGUGUGUUCUGUCUCUCGCGUGUGCGUGACGAUUUUCACAAUUCCAUCCCACCCCUCCACCAUCCUCACCACCUCUCGUCCAUCUUCUUCGCUUCCAUCGCUUACGAAUCCAUCCCCCGUCGCAUCUUUCCAAAAAAAAAUAAAAAAACGAUCGUCAAACGAUCGUGAAACGAUCGAAACGGCAAAUUUUCGCUCGAGGGGGGAGGGGGGAUAGCGAUAGAAAUUGAUAGGAUACAUCGCACAAGAUACGAGAGAAAGAGAAGGAGAGAAGAGGAGGAGAGAAGAAGGUGGACCUACCUCCAGAAGAGGUAUCGCGUGAAAUCACCAGGUAUUCUUCCUGGCGGGAGACGACACGUGGUUUCUGCAGGCACGCGGCUCCCUACUCUCCACCACGAGUUCCUCGUCCACGCUGGACGCAAUCAGCCGAUCCUCAAAACGCGACCGGUAGUCGUACCGCGUGCACGUGGAGCUCUCCCAUCAACCGAUUAUCGCCGAUCGAUCUGCGUCUCGUCCGCGCAGCAGCAGCAGCAGGAUCUUAACCACCGUUGCCGCGUGAUCAUCGACGAUGAUCGAACGGUCGGCCUUGCCGUUCUGAGAUCUCGAUCCAUGACCCCGAAUCGAACCGUCGAUGAUAAUUCGAGGCGAGUAUAGAAUUGUGAUACUACGACUUCCGUGGAAAAGCCGUGGGUCGGUCUCGCGGUGAAUCACACGUAUCUUCGGGGGCCGGCCAUCCAGUCAUCCGGCCAGACUGGAUCCGACCGGAUUUCACCUUUCGACCAAGAAGAACAGGGAUACACAGGGUUGUUCCUCGGAGUUCAGUGGCACAUGUGAUCGUGAUCUCUCGGAGAGCUGCUCCAGUGUUCUCGCGCGGGGGCCAGCAGCGGUUUUUGUCCUCCAGUUUCGGAUCCUGAGGAAUGGACGGCCAAGAAUGAAGAAAGGGUGAACGUUCGGCUGCGUGGAACGUGAGAGAGAGAGAGAGAGAGAGAGAGCUGCUUCGCAAAUCGGGGAUCAGGAUGCGGUGGAUCGGUUACGUGGCCACAAUUCUCUGGUGGUCGGGCAUCGCCAGGUCCCUGAGCACGCUGAAUCGAGGUCACAGUUACAAAAUCACCCCGAAACCCUGUCGAGCCCCGGGUCCAGAGUCCAAGGAGGGCACCUGCAUGUUCGUGUGGGAGUGCAUCAAGUCUGAGGGCACGCACGUGGGCGUGUGCGUGGACACGUUCAUGUUCGGCAGUUGCUGCGUGCACAACACGACGACGAACGCGAUCACCGCCUCCAAUCACCAUCAUCAUCACCACCACCAUCAUCAUCAACAAGCAUCCUCUUUGGACCCGUUGAGGCCGACCCUGGCCGAGGCGCUGGGCAACGAGUCGACCAGGCCCACGCUCACCUCCCUCUCCAGCUUCCUCGUCACGGACACGAGCACCGCCAGGCCGAGUUACCAUCCAUCCGAGACGCUCGAGUCUUCCGGAGGGUCCAGCAGACCGCACAAACCGCUGCCGGCCGGUUCCGCUAGGCCGCUGCAAAAAAGACCGCACGCGAAACCCGCGAACGAUCACAAGGACAGGGUCCAAACCUCUGCGAUUCCCGCCUCCUCGUCGAAUUUCUGGGAGAAAGGGUCUCAGAGUUCCCCAGAAAUUUGGGAGAAGGGCUCUCAUAGCACCAAAAGACCAGGAUCCUCCGAUUCUUGGGAGAAGGGUUCUCAGAGCACCAAGAGACCCAGCUCUCCUGAGUCUUGGGACAAGGAGUUUCAAAGUACCAAGAGACCAGGAUCCUCUGAAACUUGGGAGAAGAACACUCAUAGCACCAAAAGACCAGGAUCAUUUGAAGUUUGGGAGAAGAACACUCAUAGCACCAAAAGACCAGGAUCAUCUGAAGUUUGGGAGAAGAACACUCACAGCACUAAGAGACCAGGAUUCUCUGAAGCUUGGGAGAAGAACACUCACAGCACCAAAAGACCAGGAACCUCUGAUGUUUGGGAGAAGAAUACUCACAGUACCAAAAGACCAGGAACCUCUGAUGUUUGGGAGAAGAACACUUACAGUACCAAAAGACCAGGAUUCUCUGAAGUUUGGGAGAAGAAUACUCACAGCACCAAAAGACCAGGAUCCUCUGAUGUUUGGGAGAAGAACACUCACAGUACCAAAAGACCAGGAACCUCUGAUGUUUGGGAGAAGAACACUCACAGUACCAAAAGACCAGGAUCCUCUGAAAUUUGGGAGAAGAAUACUCACAGCACUAAAAGACCAGGAUCCUCUGAUGUUUGGGAAAAGAACACUCACAGUACCAAAAGACCAGGAUCUGAAAUUUGGGAAAAGAACACUCAUAGUACCAAAAGACCAGGAUCCUCUGAAUCUUGGGAGAAAGGGUCUCUGAGCACGAAGAGACCAAGCUCUUCUGAAUCUUGGGAGAAAGAGUUUCAAAGUACCAAAAGACCAGAAUUACCUAAUGUUUGGGAAAAGGGUUCUCAGAGUACUAGGAGACCUGGAUCUCCCUCUGAAAUUUGGGAGAAGGGAUCUCAAAGUACCAAAAGACCUGCAUCCUCUGACUAUUCGGAAAAGGGAUCUCAUAGCACGAAAAGACCUGUAUGGGAGGAGAAUAAUCAGGAUUCGAAGAGACCUGGUCAUCAUGACUUCUCGAGUCUUCAAAAGCCGAGACCGGAAAGUGACCAACACACGGUUGUCAAAGAGAAAGACACGACGCAUGAAGGUUUUCAGAAUCAUCAUCAGGGAUACAAAGAUAAGAUAGAUACGGGACUCAAUACAUUGGUGAUUAGGUUACCUGGAAAAGAGCAUGCGUCCAGCGAAGAUGAAGGCAUCAGGCCCAACAGGCCUAGCAACCAAAGACCAUCCGAGUCGAGGCCUGACGAUAGUAAAACGUCGGAGGACGCUGAUUUGAGCGUUCAGGAAUCGAUUCAUAGACCGAGUGUUAAUUCGGUUGAUGAAAAUGAAUCAGCCAAGGAUCCUCACCCGAGCUUGAACUUCAUUCACACGGAACGUCCACAAUGGGCUACCAAACCGGUAUCCCCUAAACCGACCACAGACUUCUCGAAACCGUACUUCUCGAUCAAGACGACAACUUAUCGGCCGAUCCUGAUGAACGAGCAACCGGAUACCAGGCCGAACUUCGUCUCGAAACCCAAUGGGGCGAGCACAGCCGUGAAAACUUCGACCACAAUCAGACCGUCACACUUGAACGGCCAAUCCACCACCAGCGCAGCCGGAUCCUUGCCACAAACCUCUCACUGGCACGUGACCACUGAACCGGUGUUCGUCACGAAGCAGAGACCGUCCUUGUCCACCAAGCCGAUGAGUUCGCUCGAGACGGUCAAACCGUUGACCAGCAGCUCCCAUUUCUGGUCGGAGAACAGUUGGACACCGCCAAGGCCGUCCUUGAAACCGCAUUGGACGGACAAUCCUAGCCUCCUUCAGAAUGGGCCCGAAGCGUUUCCACCACGGCCGAGCUUCAAACCGACCGAACCACAAGAAAACACGGAGUUCCACAAGCCGCUCGGCGCCGCUCAUUACAUCACCACGUCCCACUUCGAGACCUCCGCGAGGCCCAGACCCACGAAGAAAACCACCACGUCCACCACGAGUACCACCACCAGCACCACCACCACCAGUACCACCACCACCACGACCACGACCACGACCACGACGACGACCACCACCACGACGCCAAAACCCGAUACGACCGUGUCCACGACCGAGGCAAUCGCGAAAACUGGAUCGGUGCUGACCGUCUCCGCCGCAACCGAGAGCAAGGGCAUGCAGUGCGGGGUACCGCCACUAUUUCCACGACCCGAGACCAGGAUCGUUGGAGGCAAGGACGCGCCGUUCGGUCGAUGGCCUUGGCAGGUAUCCGUCAGGCGCACCUCGUUCUUCGGCUUCUCGAGCACCCAUCGAUGCGGCGGCGCGGUGUUGAACGAGAACUGGAUCGCGACCGCGGGACACUGUGUCGAUGACCUGUUGACCUCGCAGAUCCGGAUCAGAGUAGGCGAGUACGAUUUUUCGUCGGUGCAAGAGCGAUUGCCGUACGUGGAACGCGGCGUGGCCAAGAAGGUGGUCCAUCCCAAGUAUAACUUCUUCACUUACGAAUACGACUUGGCGUUGGUUCGAUUGGAAAGCUCGUUGACCUUCGCCCCCCAUAUCUCGCCGAUUUGUCUGCCGGCCACUGACGAUCUUCUCAUCGGCGAGAACGCGACCGUCACCGGCUGGGGAAGGUUGAGCGAGGGUGGCACCCUGCCAUCCGUGUUGCAAGAGGUUUCCGUGCCCAUAGUGAGUAACGAUAGGUGUAAGUCAAUGUUCCUGAGGGCUGGGAGACACGAGUUCAUACCGGACAUAUUUCUUUGCGCCGGAUACGAGAGCGGGGGCCAAGAUUCUUGUCAGGGGGAUUCGGGUGGACCUCUGCAAGUGAGAGGGAAAGACGGCCGAUAUUUCCUCGCGGGCAUCAUAUCCUGGGGAAUCGGAUGCGCGGAGGCGAAUUUACCAGGGGUGUGCACGAGGAUCUCCAAGUUCGUUCCAUGGAUCCUGAAGAACGUCACUUGACCCUGUUUCCGAUCCAUCAUCUGGUCACGUGGACCUCGUCGAUUGACGGAUUGACGAACCGAUUCGCCGGUGUCCGAGCGCUUAAAACGUAGCUCUAAAACGUUUCUUCGGAUAUUUCUUGACCAAGGAGUAAAAGAGUAGAAUCGGCAACGAAUCACUGCCAAAUAAGACGUAAGACUUGUCGAAAGAGGGAAAGAACGAGAAUCGCACGAAGAUUCUCAUUUCUCCUUUGAUAAGAUAAAAUGUAAAAAAAAAAAGAGAGACGAAAUGGUGUAAGGAAAUGAGAGUUCGUGUCGUAUCGAGACAACGUAUAUAUCAUA